AAAUUCCAAUACGAAAAAACUAAUCUAUUUCAAAAUUAUUCUAAAGAAACAAAUUAUAAUUAUUCCAAUGAUAUCGAUUUAUUCAAACUUGUUAUCUUAUUUUCACAUCAUCCUCACUCACCCAUUUUCAACUCUCAUUCUACAUCAUACCACUCUCAACCACUGAAUGCAUAAAGAACCAAUCUAUUUUCAGAAACUCGCCCUUGAAUUAUUCCAACUUCGAAUCUUAUCGUUUCAUUUCCAACGACCAGGUCUCCAUACCAGAAAGGAACCAAGAAAGAAAGAGAGAAAGAGAGCGAGCAAGAGAAGGAGAAAGAGAGAAAGAGAGGCUCCUCCGAAAGAUCCGCGAUAAUCCCGCAACGAUUCCCCCGCGUGAGGACACGGAGAGCACGGCGUGUCUCACGGCGAACCGUGUAUCGCGUGUGUUGCCUAAUGGUGGAAGGAAACGUUAUCCAGAGGCGGGCAAUGGACGGGCAUUACUGUACGGCGUACCCUGGUAGGGCCGAGAGAAGUCAGCCUCCGGGAUAUGGACUCGUACUCAGUCUUCGAACUGGUCUCGUACCGCGCUCUAUGCAGCGUGUCACACAGCCCUGUGAACAGCGGCAGCUUAGUUAACAACACCGCGUGUUGCUCUGCAUCUUCGUCGAGUCUCUCGUCCACUGGACCUCUUGCGCUCGUACACCGUCUCGUCGUUCACCGGUUUCUCGUAGUCGACUGACUCUUCAUACUUCGCGAGACUUAUUUUCGUAUUUCGUAGCUUCCGGAAAUCGCGUGGAAUUCUCGCGGAAACUCGUCUCUCUCUUUCUAUCUUUCGUUUAACUCCCGUCAUAUUUUCUUUUUCGUGAAAUUUUCGUGAAAUCACUCUCGUCCAGUCUCAGUUUUUGGUGGAUUUCUGACAGUUAUUUGAUCAAUUUCUCUUUUAAGAAGAAAGGAAAAUAUUGCAAGUCUCGAUCGAUAUCAACGGGAUCUUUCGAUCACCUGUCAUCCGGUGAGGAAGAAACGGCUAGAGCCGAAACGCAAUCGACAUCGACAGUGGAUUUACCGGAAACGAGUCUUCGACACGGAGGAUGACACAAAAGUAGAGCUAGGAAAAAGAAGGCAAGAUUAUGGAUCUUCUUCUCUUGAUCGGAUUGCUUCCCUUUAUAUCAGGAGUUCUCGGGGAUUGUCCCUUGGUGCAAGCGCCGCAAUGGGGAAGAGUGAGGGAACGAGUCCUUAAAGAUGGUACUUUACAGACCGUGUACUCGUGUGAACCAGGCCGUAGAUUGAAGGGCCAUAAAAUACUGACUUGCACCGCGGACGGUUGGAAUCAUCCCAUCCCGAAAUGCGUGCCUCACGACAACAGAUUCCGACACUUUCGCACCGAUCUGUAUCUCGGCGAUGAUCCAAUUUCAACGAUGGCGGGGGAGGAGAGGGCGGCGAGGGAUCGGGUGAGGGCGCGCAAGAGGAUCGGCGAGCUGAAGAAGCGGAGGAAGGCGAAGGAGAGGAGGCAGAGGAUGAGGCAUGGGGGCGAGAAGUCGGCGGUGGAAUCGCCCCCGGCUUUGCCACGCGUUGCAUUGAAUGAAACAAUAAUGUCGAGGCUGGAUCUGAGCUGCAUCAUGAAAGCUCGAAGGAAAGGAUUUACCAAAGCUCCCCUGGUCGAAAACGCGUAUCCAGCCAAGUAUGCCAGAAGGAAGAGCGUACUACCGCCGUACAAUCGAUACCUAGUGGCAGUUUACGAGUGCAUCGAGGGAUACGUUUUCGAGGACUCGACGACUGAUCGACUUUUCUGCAGCGAUGGCGCUUGGUUAGGCGCGAUUCCGCGUUGCGUAAAAGUGGAAGAAGCGACACUCAAUAACGUGAAACGUUGCAAUCAGGAUCGAGGCGGGUGCGAGCAUGUGUGUGAAGAUACUCAAACAGGUGUGAACUGCUCGUGUUUCGAUGGAUUCCGCGUCAAAGGAUCUUCCUGCAUAGAUAUAGACGAAUGUGCCGAAAGUACAGCCGGUUGCGCUCAAAUUUGUCACAACGAUCCUGGUUCCUUCCAUUGUGAAUGCCAUUCUGGUUAUCAAUUGGGAAACGAUAGUAAAUCGUGUCUGGACGUUAACGAGUGCCUGGUGAAUAACGGGCACGGGCCGUGCCAAGGCGCUUGCAUCAAUCUCGAAGGGAGCUACGAGUGCAACUGUUCCGAUAUUCCCGGCCACAAAUUGGCCGCGGAUAAUCACACCUGCGAGGAUAUCGACGAGUGCUCGACCAACAACGGGGGAUGCUCCCAUGUUUGUUUGAACACGCCUGGAAGCGCUUUUUGCCUCUGCCCGGACGGCUUUUAUCUGACCAACGACUGGAAAACUUGCCAAGAUGUGAAUGAAUGCGAGAACGCAUCCAAGGUUUGCACGAAUAAUACCGAUUGCGAGAACACUGUCGGCUCGUUUAAAUGCGUGAGCAAGCCCCAAAAGAUGACCAAAGUUCUCCAGGACGAAGAUUACGACGCGGAGGACGACGAGGACGAUGACGAUUACGACGAGGAAGAGGGCAUCACGGAAAUUCCAGAUUUUGGCAAAUGCGAGGAUGGCUUCAGAAAGAACAAAAACGGCGAAUGCAUUGAUAUCGACGAAUGCUCGGACGAGGGAGAGCGGCUGCGAGCACGAGUGCGUGAACGAGCCAGGCGGUUACUACUGCACCUGCCACUUGGGUUUCGAGCUCGGAGAGGACGGCGUAUCGUGCCGCGAUAUCGACGAGUGCAAAGAGGGGGUCAAACCGUGCUCCCACGGUUGCAACAACACCGAGGGCUCGUUCGAGUGCACCUGUCCAAGGGGAUUCUCUCUCAAAGAGGACAAUCUCACCUGCACUCGGGCGAGANCGAAACACUGGCGACACCUUGCUCUCACGAGUGCCAAGAGUCGGAGGACGGGCCGACGUGCGUUUGCCCGCGAGGUUAUCGCGUCCACGAGGACGAGGUGAGCUGCGUGGACGAGGACGAGUGCGCUCUGAACCUGUGCUCUCACUCCUGCGUGAACUUGGAGGGUGGGUUCUUGUGCACCUGCCCUCAAGGUUUCGAAACAAGGUUGGACAAGUUCAAUUGCACGGACGUGGACGAGUGCGCCAACAAUAUUCACGAUUGCGAGCACGAGUGCGUGAACGUCCACGGGGGUUACGCGUGCGGCUGUCGAUCCGGGUUCACUUUGAACGACGACAACAGGACCUGUUCGGACGUGGACGAGUGUCUGGAGGGUGGUCACAAGUGCGAGCAGAUCUGCGUGAAUUCCGUUGGGAAUUACACUUGCUCUUGCAGGGAGGGUUACCGGUUGUCGGACGGAGAAGGCAGUUUCUUCGAUUGCGUGGACGUAAACGAGUGCGACGAGGGGCGACACGGUUGCUCCCACGAGUGUUCGAACGAGGAGGGUGGAUUCGAGUGCGGUUGCCCGUUGGGUUAUCUGUUGGGCAACGACUCGAGGACAUGCGAGGACGCGAACGAGUGCCUGGAAGGGACUCACCAAUGCUCCCACGAGUGCGUGAACGUUCAAGGGUCGUACGCGUGCACCUGUCCACCCGGCAUGGUCGCGUCGGAGGACAAGAGGCUGUGCGUCCCCGUCGACCCGUGCCAUUUCGCCAAUUGUUCCCACGUGUGCGAGAAGCAUCGCGACACUUUCAAAUGCAGCUGCCCAGAGGGUUUCGUCCUCCAGGAGGACGGGAGGACCUGCCAGGAUUUCGACGAGUGCCUCGAGAACGAGCACGAUUGCUCCCACGAUUGCGCCAACACGCUGGGAAGUUACGAGUGCGUCUGCCCCGACGGUUUGACGCUUCUGCAGGACGGCCUCACGUGCGAGGACCCGUUGUGCCCGGAGGGACUGCGGCGGGACGAGAAGGGCAGGUGUCGGGACGUCGACGAGUGCCUGGAACGAAACCACGAGUGCUCCCACAUCUGCAUCAACGAGCACGCCUCGUAUCGUUGCUCCUGCCUCCCUGGAUGGACCUUGUCCGACGACGGCGUCACCUGCGUCGUUUCAGACCCCUGCUCCAACUCGUCCUGCUCCCACAUCUGCCUCCCCUCCUCGAGCCCCGCCUGCGGUUGCCCUUCGGGGUACAAGUUGGCCGCGGACGGCGCCACCUGCCAGGACGUGGACGAGUGUCGAGACGGGUCGGCCAAUUGCAGUUUCUCGUGCAGGAACGACGAGGGGUCGUACGCUUGCGAGUGCCCGCAAGGGUUCAAGCUCGGCGAGGACGGUCGAAGUUGCGUCGACGUGGACGAAUGCGCGCAACCUGAUCACAAUUGUCCCCGAGAAUGCGUCAAUCUCGAGGGGACGUACGAGUGCGUGUGCCCUGUCGGACACGUGUUCUCGAAAACGGAGCUCGCCUGCGUGGACAUCGACGAGUGCGCGACCGCGCAACACGCCUGCUCCCACGCGUGCACCAACACCGUAGGCGGAUACGACUGCACUUGCCCGACCGGAUGGAGGCUGAAACAGGACUCGAGGAACUGCUUCCCUCCGUCUACCGUCCAUCGUAAUUGCUCGCACGCGUACGAGCGAGACGGCGAGGAGAUCCGCUGCGGUUGCCCCGAGGGCUUCGAGCUCCAGGACGACGAGACCACUUGCGGCGACGUCGACGAGUGCGCCGAGGAUCCUCCCCCUUGCGCCCACCGCUGCGUCAACACGAAAGGAUCCUACCGCUGCGAGUGCCCUCCCGGUCUACGGCUGAGACAGGAUCGAACAACCUGCCAGGACAUCGACGAGUGCGUAAAUAACAACGGGGGCUGUUCCCACGAUUGCUCCAACACCGAGGGUAGCUUCCGCUGUACCUGUCCUCGAGGAUACGAGUUGGUCGAGGACGGCAAGACGUGUCUGGACGUGGACGAAUGCGUAAAUAACAACGGAGGUUGUUCUCACGAUUGCUUUAACACCGAGGGUAGCUUUCGUUGUACCUGUCCUCGAGGAUACGAGUUGGUCGAGGACGGCAAGACGUGUUUGGACGUGGACGAGUGCGUAAAUAACAACGGGGGUUGUUCUCACGAUUGCUCCAACACCGAGGGUAGCUUUCGUUGUACCUGUCCUCGAGGAUACGAGUUGGUCGAGGAUGGCAAGACGUGUCUGGACGUGGACGAAUGCGUAAAUAACAACGGCGGUUGUUCUCACGAUUGCUUUAACACCGAGGGUCGCUUUCGUUGUACCUGUCCUCGAGGAUACGAGCUGGUCGAGGACGGCAAGACGUGUUUGGACGUGGACGAGGGCGUAAAUAACAACGGGGGUUGUUCUCACGAUUGCUUUAACACCGAGGGUAGCUUUCGUUGUACCUGUCCUCGAGGGUACGAGUUGAUCGAGGACGGGAAGACGUGUCUGGACGUGGACGAGUGCAAGAGGAAGGAUGUGUUCCACGGGUGUUCCCAUCGGUGCGAAAAUUUGGACGGUGGGUACGUUUGCUCUUGUCCCGAGGGCUCGGUGCUUGGACAGGACAAUAGGACGUGCACAGUGGGGGCGUGCGAGCAGAUGCACAAUUGCAGCCACACGUGCGUGAACGUCCGGGAUGGUUACGAAUGCGAGUGUCCCACAGGGUGGGAAUUAAGCUCGGACGGUCGGACGUGCGAGGAAAUUGAUUUUUGCGCCGGUGGACACGGCUGCUCGCACGAGUGCGUGAGCGUGGCGGGUGGCGGGUUCCAGUGCCGGUGCCCGGCCGGCUAUGCUUUGUCCAAGGAUAACAGGAGCUGCCUGGACAGGGACGAGUGCGAGGAGGCGGGCAACGAGGUGAGCAACGGCUGCUCCCAUUCCUGCGUCAACACGGAUGGGAGCUACGAGUGCGGGUGCCCGAAAGGGUAUCGACUGGCAGGCGAUCGAAAGACCUGCGAGGACGUGAACGAGUGCAUCGAGGACAACGGUGGAUGCUCCCAUCUGUGCGCCAACAUCGAGGGUGGCGUCGAGUGCGCCUGCCCGGAUAAUUACAAACUGCUGGAGGACGACGGGAAGACGUGCGUGGAGAUCGACGAAUGCCUGAUCGACAACGGUGGUUGCACGCAUUUGUGCCAUUACGAGAACGGCACCGUCUCCUGUUUCUGCCCGCCAGGCAUGAUUCUCGAGGACGACAAUGCCACUUGCUCGGAGGAGAACAAGUGUUACGCGGAUAACGGGGGUUGCUCCCAUUAUUGCAGCUACGAGGAUGGCAGGGUGGCUUGCUCCUGCCCAACGGAUCUCGUAUUGUCCGAGAACGGAACCGUUUGCGUGGAACGAAAUAGGUGCUCGGAGGGGAACGGUGGUUGCUCCCACGAUUGCCGUUACGAGGGAGGAGAGACGUUUUGCCUGUGCCCGGACGACAUGAUCCUCGCGGAUGACAAGCUUCGUUGCGUCUACGCGAACAAAUGUUUCAUCGACAACGGGGGCUGUUCCGACAUCUGCUCCUUCUCGAACGGCUGCGAGUGCCCGUCCGGGUUCAGACUGUCGGGGGACGACAACGCUACCUGCGUGGACGUCGACGAGUGUUCGGAAUUGUUGGACAAUUGCACGCACAGGUGUACGAAUACGGAGGGCGGGUUCGAGUGCGGGUGCAACCAAGGAUUCAAAGUGAGCCCCGUUGAACCCGCUUUCUGCGACGACGUGGACGAAUGCGAGGACUCGAGCGCGGGAUGCUCCCAUACAUGCGCGAACUUGGUAGGAUCGUUUCACUGUACCUGUCCAACCGGAUACGUGUUGGAGAAUGACAAUAAAACUUGCAGGUUGGUCGACGGUUGCAAGCAGAACAACGGAAACUGUUCUCAUCAUUGUCACCACGAGGAAGGUAGCGAGACGGUACACUGCUCCUGCCCUCUGGGAUUCAGAUUGAAACAGGAGGAUCAGAGAACUUGCGAGGAUAUCGACGAGUGCGAGGAGUUCGAGAAUGACGUGGAUCUAGGCUGUUCCCACAUCUGCGUCAACACCGAAGGGGGAUACUAUUGCGAGUGCCCCUCCGGCUACAUCCUGUUGCCGGAGAACAAGAAAAAUUGUAUCGACAUGAACGAGUGUCUGAACGAUCGACACAAUUGCAGUCACGACUGCUUGAACCUCUUGGGGAGCUACGUGUGCACCUGCUACGAGGGCCACUACCUCCACUCCGAUAAAUCCACUUGUCUGGAUAUAGACGAGUGUCUGGAGAGGAACGGCGGCUGCUCUCAUCAAUGCACCAACACUAUUGGCGGCCAUUUUUGUUCCUGCCCAACCGGUUACGAGCUUUCCCAGGACGAGAAAACCUGCGUCGACGUCGACGAGUGCAAAACGGAUCUUGCCGAUUGCCUCCACGAAUGCGUCAACACUCCGGGCUCGUGGAGGUGUACCUGCCCGGACGGCCACGCGCUUGCCAACGAUUCCAAAACUUGCGUCGACAUAGACGAGUGCAAGGUGGACAAUGGCGGCUGCUCCCACGCGUGUUUCAACAUCGUAGGCGGCGUUAGGUGCAACUGUCCUAUAGGAUUGCGGCUAGACGAGAACGGUAAAACGUGCAACGACGUGGACGAGUGCUCGACGGGCGGUUGCUCGGACGUCUGCAUCAAUUUGGAAGGUAGUUACUCCUGCCAGUGCGCCAACGGUCUCCACCUUCACACCGACGCCAAGACUUGCUUGGACGUUGACGAGUGCGAGAUGGAGAAUGGGGGAUGCUCCGACAAUUGUAUCAACGUGCGUGGCAGUUAUCGUUGCGAGUGCCCAGCCGGUUUCCAAUUGAAGGAGGACGAAAGGACUUGCUCCGACGUGAACGAGUGCGACGAAGAUAACGGUGGCUGCUCCCACGAAUGCGUCAACGAACUUGGUGGCCAUCGAUGCGAUUGUCCGUUCGGUCACGAGUUAAGGAACAAAUCGUGCCACCCUGUAGAUCCGUGUGCCAAUAACAACGGCGGCUGCGAGCAGAUUUGCACCGCGAAGAAUGGGACGGUUGCGUGCGGUUGCAAAGAAGGCUUCCGCCUCGAUGAGAACGAUCCCCCGAGGUGCAGAGAUAUCGACGAGUGCGCUGGCUCGCAACACGGGUGCGAUCAGUUGUGCGUGAACACCGUUGGGUCGUUCGAGUGCUCGUGUAAGCAGGGAUUCGAGAUGCAGAAUUCUACCUGUGUCGAUAUCGACGAAUGCGCCACAAUGGAUUGUAAAGGGUUUGAGUGUAUCAAUUCUUAUGGCAGUUAUCGUUGCGAAUGUGACAUUGGCCAUCGAUUGGAAGGCGAUCAUUGCGUAGAUAUAAAUGAAUGCGCGUGGAACAACGGCGGAUGUGAGCAUGACUGCAUUAAUACAGUCGGUUCCUAUGUAUGCGCUUGUCGACCUGGAUAUAUACCAAGACGAAGAAAUAGAAACCAGUGCCAAGAUAUAAACGAGUGCUUGAACCAUAACGGGGGUUGCAACGGUGGAUGCGUUAACACAGCCGGAAGUUACUACUGUACGUGCAAUGGCGACCUCGUGUUGGCUUCCGACGAGAGAACUUGCAUUUCAGCGGAAUCGAGAUGCCGUGCUAUGGAACCACCCCUGCAUGCAGAAAUCAGAUGUCCAGGUCAUUCUUCCGGGGCAAUGGAUUAUCCUGUUGGAGCCAGAUGUCAUAUACAAUGUCGAAGAGGUUUCAGGCUGGAGGGGCCGCACACGAGAUACUGCAUGGCCGGGGAUCAAUGGAAUGGGAAGGAACCGACUUGCAUUCAAGCAUCGAUCGUGACCGAUUCCCGUUACCAUUCAGACAUGCCACGACCGUUCGUCAGGUGUCCCCGAGACAUGGACGUGGAACUACCCGCAAGGCAGAACACGAUACGCGUCUCUUUCCCUCAGCCCAAGUCCAACAUGAACUGGUGGAGGUACGUGGACGCUUCGCCAUCAUGGGCUAAGCAAUUGCAAGCGGAUUUACCAGCAGGUACGACGGUCGUCACUUUCACAGCAUGGUCGCCCGUUUCGAAUUAUACUAGUACGUGCAGGAUAGUGAUCCGUGUUCGAGAUACUGAGAAUCCAAAAGUUUCGACGUGCCCGACAUCCUUUGAAGUGCGGCUAAGCCCUGGCGAGCGGAAUCGUUUAAUAUUCUGGCAGGAGCCAACGUUCACCGACAACGUCGGCGUCGAACGGGUCUACAAAACGAGGGAACCCGGACAACUGAUGUACCCCGGCAUUCACAACGUGCGCUACAUCGCUUCCGAUGCAGCCGGAAAUCGAGCCGAAUGCCAUUUCUCGAUACACGUACGAGAAUCCGAGCAUCGCCGAGAUUCCGAGCCGCGAUACUACAGAAGAAGGAUGUUGAUGUGCCCCGGAAGAUCACCCCAGCCGAUACCGUCCACCGCUUACGGGGUGAGUUUUACGCGAUUUCUUUGGCGGAGCAAUUUUCGUGGAUGGAUGGAAGGGGAGGGGAGGGGAGGAGCACGUGUCCUAAUUCGAUUUUCAGUGGCAGAUACCGAGCGGAUGUUACCUCAGAUACACGAGGAUCUUCUCGGGGGCGUAUGCUGUUCAGAACUAUCGAGGGCAGAGGCAGAAUGGUUAUCAGGAGGCGAGGGCGGCUUAUCAUCAAGUUCAUCCUGUUCACGGGGGCCAAGGUCAAACUCAACUACACUCUGGCUGAAACAAAGUGGUGGACGCAACGACGCCAUUUGCGGUCGUUCCAUGCACGAUAGUGGAAAAAUUAGUAUCAUUUGCGGCUCGUACGACAAAAUGGUAACUUUUGCUAAUCCUACGGGAUCAAUUGUGAUCCUACAAGAUAUAUGA